AUGCGGGGGGCGCCGGGCGCCUGGCUCUGCGGCCUCGGCCUCCAGCUCCUGGCGGGCGCCGCCUUCAACCUGGACGGGACCGACCCGCUGCUGAAGGACGGGGCCGGCGGCAGCUUGUUCGGCUUCUCCGUGGCCCUGCACCGGCAGCUCCGGCCCGAGCCCGCCAGCUGGAUGCUGGUGGGGGCCCCGCAGGCGCCGGGCCUCCCGGGCCAGAGGGCGAACCGGACCGGCGGCCUCUACGCCUGCCCCCUGACACGCGAGAUUGACGACUGCUGGCGCGUGCCCAUCGAUGAGGGAGUGGACCUGCACAAGGAGAGCAAGGAGAACCAGUGGCUGGGCGUCAGCGUGAAGAGCCAAGGUGCCGGCGGCAAGAUCGUGACCUGCGCCCACCUCUACGAAUCGCGGAACCGGGUGAACCAGCCGCUGGAGACGCGGGACGUCAUCGGGCGCUGCUACGUGCUGAGCCAGGACCUGACGGUGCGCGAGGAGCUGGACGGGGGCGAGUGGAAGUUCUGCGAGGGGCGCCCCCAGGGCCACGAGCGCUUCGGCUUCUGCCAGCAGGGGGUGUCGGCCGGCUUCACCGCAGACAACCACUACGUCCUCUUCGGAGCGCCCGGCACCUACAACUGGAAGGGGGACCUGCGCGUGGAGCUGGUUAACCAGAGCUCCCUGGAGCUGGUUACCUACGACGACGGGCCCUACGAAGCCGGGGGGGAGAAGGACCAGGACCCCUCCCUCAUCCCCGUGCCUGCCAACAGCUACUUCGGUCUGUUGUUUAUGACAAACGUUCAUAGCGCAGACCCCGAUCAGCUGGUGUAUAAAACGGCAGAGCCCGGCGAGCGGCUGCCCGGCACCGUCGGCGACGUGGCCCAGAAUAGCAACUUAGGCUUCUCCGUCGACUCGGGGAAGGGCCUGACCCGGCAGGACCAGCUCAGCUUUGUCACGGGGGCGCCGCGGGCCAACCACACGGGGGCCGUGCUGAUCCUGCGGCGGGACAACGUGAACCGCCUGGUGCCCGAGGCCGUCCUGCCCGGGGAGCAGCUCACCUCCUCCUUCGGCUACGCCGUGGCCGUGGUGGAUCUGAACAGCGACGGCUGGAUGGACCUGGUGGUGGGGGCGCCCCACUUCUUCGAUCGGCAGGAGGAGAUCGGCGGGGCAGCCUACGUGUACAUCAACCAGGCAGGGCGCUGGGCGGGCGCCCACCCCAUCCGCCUCAACGGCACCUCCCGCUCCAUGUUCGGCAUCGGCCUCGCCGCCCUCGGCGACCUCAACCAGGACGGCUUCCAGGACCUCGCCGUGGGAGCCCCAUUUGAUGGAGCCGGCAAGGUCUAUAUCUACCACGGCAGCAGCCUGGGCAUCGUCACCAAACCGGCCCAGGUCCUGGACGGGGAAGGCGUCGGGGUGAGGACUUUCGGCUACUCCCUGUCCGGGGGCCUGGACAUCGACGGGAAUCUCUACCCAGACCUGCUCGUUGGCUCGCUCUCGGACAGCGUGGUGCUGUACAGAGCCCGGCCCGUCAUCCACGUCUCCAAGAACGUCUCCCUCUCCCCCCCGAACAUCGACCUGGAGAGCAGGAACUGCCCCCACCACCUGGGCAUCUGCGUGGAAGUACGAGCCUGCUUCAGCUACACGGCCAGUCCUGCCAGCUACAGCCCCCACGUCACGCUCACGUACACCUUGGACGCUGACGUGGACCGGCGGAAGCUGGGCCAGGCCCCUAGAGUCGCCUUCCUGGACCGGAAGCCCACGGACCCCGAACACCAGUUCUCAGACGUGGUGGAGCUGCCCCACCAGCGUGCCCCUGCCUGCGUCAAGGCCACCUUCCAGCUGCAGGACAGCAUCCGGGACAAGCUCCGCCCCAUCGUCCUGGUGCUGACGUACAGCAUCGAGCACGCCCGGAGCAAGCGCCAGGUCCAGGCCACCGCCCUGCCCCCGCUGAUGCCCGUGCUGAACGCCCAGCUGCCCAGCAGCCAGAGGGCAGAGGUGAAUUUUUUGAAGCAGGGCUGCGGGGAGGACAAGAUCUGCCAGAGCAACCUCCAGCUGCGCUACCAGUUCUGCUCCCGCGUGGGCGACGCCGACUUCCUGCCCCUGCCCAGGGGUGCCGAUGGCACGGCUGUCUUCGCCAUGAGCGACCAGAAGGACGUGGCCUUGGAGAUCCAGGUCACCAACCUGCCCUCGGACCCAGCGGCGCCGCAGCGGGACGGGGACGACGCCCACGAGGCCCUGCUCACGGCCACCUUCCCCGAGGCCCUGCCCUACUCCGGGGUCCGGGCCCAUGACGCGUGGGCCGGACCCGGCCUGGAGAAGCAGCCGUGCCUGCCCAACCUGAACGCCUCGCAAGUGCAGUGCGAGCUGGGCAACCCCAUGAAGCGCGGAGCUCAGGUGCGGUUCUAUCUCAUUGUCAGCACCUCGGGCAUCACCAUCGAGACCCGGGAGCUGGAGCUGGAGCUGGAGCUGAGCACGAUCAGCGAGCAGCCGGGGCUGCGGCCUGUGACGGCGCGGGCACGUGUGGUCAUUGAGCUGCCCUUGUCCGUCACGGGCGUGGCCGUCCCGCGGCGGCUGUUCUUCGGCGGCCAGGUGCGGGGCGAGAGCGCUGUUCACACCGAGGGCCAGGUGGGCAGUGCUGUGCGCUACGAGGUGACGGUCUCCAACCGGGGCCAGUCGCUCAACACCCUGGGCUCGGCCUUCCUCAACCUCAUGUGGCCCCACGAGAUCGCCAACGGCAAGUGGCUGCUCUACCCGCUGCGUCUGGAGCUGGCAGCCCGGCCCGGGCAGCGCGUGGCCUGCAGCCCGGCAGCCAACCCCCUACGGCUGGCACUGGAGAGCCACGGGCAGGACAGGAGCAAGAGGGAGGCCGAGCGCCCGGAGCUGCCCAGCACGGGGCCCUGGUGGUACCGCGCCCACGCUGAGAGGAAGAACGUCACGUUGGACUGCGCCCGGGGCACCGCCCGCUGCCUCGUCUUCCAGUGCCCGCUCCACAGCUUCGACCGCUCGGCCGUGCUCACUGCCUGGGGGCGCCUGUGGAACAGCACCUUCCUGGAGGAGUACCCGGCCGUGACCUCCGUGGAACUGCUUGUCCACGCCAACAUCACUGUCAAAUCCACCAUCCAGAACCUGGUGCUGAAGGACGCCGCCACGCAGAUCCCCGUCACCAUCUACCUGGACCCGAGCGCGGUGAUGGCCCGGGGCGUCCCCUGGUGGAUCAUCCUGAUCGCGGUGCUGGCCGGGGUCCUGGUGCUGGGGUUGCUGGUCUCCGUCCUGUGGAAGGUGGGCUUCUUCAAGCGCAGCCGGCCCCAGCAGGCCGCGGUGCCGCAGUACCACGCCAUCAAGAUCCCGCGGGAGGAGCGCCAGCUGUUCCGCGAGGAGAAGACGGGCACCAUCCAGAAGGAGGAGUGGGUGACGAACUGGAGCGAGGGCGGCGACAGCCAUGUGCCCAUCUCCGGCUAG